CCUGCUGCGCAUGCGCUAACACACGUGUCAUAUACACCGCUGGUGAUCUCCUUCUGGGUUUUCUUUCAGUUUUUUUUCCUGAUUUCUUCUGUACACCAUAAUGAACAGACUGAGAGUGGGUGUCUCUGUCAAACAUAUGCUCCCAGGGAGAGCUCUUGCAAUGAGGAUGUCAUCUUCAAUGGCAGUGAGCGAGACAGACAAGAAAAUUCCUGGCAUUAAUUUGUGUCCCAAAGAGUGCAUGUGUAAAAGAAACGAUGUGGAUAUAACAUUCAAGAAUGUCAGGCUGUUGUCACAGUUUGUUUCCUCACAAACUGGAAUGAUCCUACCAAGAACAAUUACAAAACUGUGUAUGAAGAAGCAAAAGGAAAUUGGAAAAGCUAUCAAGCUUGCAAGAUCUAUAGGAUUCAUGCCGUACACAUACAAACCAUUUGACUAUUUAGAAGACCCUAAACUGUUUAGGUAGAGCAUGUUCAGUUCAUCGAUCACCAUUAAUAAUUAUGUAAAAUUUAUGUACAUUGUGCUCUAAUUAAGCGUAUUCUGAAAUAUUAAAAUUAAGCAUGCUGACUCUCCAAAAAUUCUGCUCAAGCAAGUUCAAGUCACAGUUCAAAUUGGAGGGAAGAGUGCGUAUACUAUUAAGUCAUAGCAGUGGCGAGGCGACAGGAUAGUAGAACAAUUUAAAUUAGACUCCCUCAUCAGGUUUGGGGAGAGCAGAAAGUAGUAAA